AUGCGGCUACAGGUUCAAGAGUGCAGCUACAGGUUCAAGAAUGCGGCUACAGGUUCAAGAGUGCAGCUACAGGUUCAAGAGUGCAGCUACAGGUUCAAGAGUGCAGCUACAGGUUCAAGAGUGCAGCUACAGGUUCAAGAGUGCAGCUACAGGUUCAAGAGUGCUGCUACAGGUUCAAGAAUGCGGUUACAGGUUCAAGAAUGCGGCUACAGGUUCAAGAGUGCAGCUACAGGUUCAAGAAUGCGGCUACAGGUUCAAGAGUGCAGAAACAGGUUCAAGAGUGCAGCUACAGGUUCAAGAGUGCAGCUACAGGUUCAAGAGUGCUGCUACAGGUUAAAGAGUGCAGCUACAGGUUCAAGAGUGCAGCUACAGGUUCAAGAGUGCAGCUACAGGUUCAAGAGUGCUGCUACAGGUUCAAGAAUGCGGUUACAGGUUCAAGAAUGCGGCUACAGGUUCAAGAGUGCAGCUACAGGUUCAAGAGUGCUGCUACAGGUUAAAGAGUGCAGCUACAGGUUCAAGAGUGCAGCUACAAGUUCAAGAGUGCGGCUACAGAUUCAAGAGUGUGGCAACAAAUUCAAGAGUGCUUCUACAGAUUCAAGAGUGCGGCUACAGAUUCAAGAGUGCGGCUACAGGUUCAAGAGUGCGGCUACAGGUUCAACAGUGCCGCUACAGAUUCAAGAGUGCGGCUACAGGUUCAAGAGUGCGGCUACAGAUUCAAGAGUGCGGCUACAGGUUCAAGAGUGCCGCUACAGAUUCAAGAGCGCGGCUACAGGUUCAAGAGUGCGGCUACAGAUUCAAGAGUGCGGUUACAGGUUCAAGAGUGCGGCUACAGAUUCAAGAGCGCGGCUACAGGUUCAAGAGUGCGGCUACAGGCUCAAGGGUGCGGUUACAGGUUCAAGAGUGCGGCUACAGGCUCAAGAGUGCGGUUACAGGUUCAAGAGUGCGGCUACAGGUUCAAGAGUGCGGCUACAGGUUCAAGAGUGCGGCUACAGGUUCAAGAGUGCAGCUACAGGUUCAAGAGUGCUGCUACAGGUUAAAGAGUGCAGCUACAGGUUCAAGAGUGCAGCUACAGAUUCAAGAGUGUGGCAACAGAUUCAAGAGUGUUUCUACAGAUUCAAGAGUGCGGCUACAGAUUCAAGAGUGCGGCUACAGGUUCAAGAGUGCGGCUACAGGUUCAACAGUGCCGCUACAGAUUCAAGAGUGCGGCUACAGGUUCAAGAGUGCGGCUACAGAUUCAAGAGUGCGGCUACAGGUUCAAGAGUGCCGCUACAGAUUCAAGAGUGCGGUUACAGGUUCAAGAGUGCAGCUACAGAUUCAAGAGUGCGGCUACAGGUUCAAGAGUGCGGCUACAGGUUCAAGAGCGCGCCUACAGAUUCAAGAGUGCGGCUACAGGCUCAAGGGUGCGGUUACAGGUUUAAGAGUGCGGCUACAGGCUUAAGAGUGCGGUUACAGGUUCAAGAGUGCGGCUACAGGUUCAAGAGUGCGGCUACAGGUUCAACAGUGCCGCUACAGAUUCAAGAGUGCGGUUACAGGUUCAAGAGUGCGGCUACAGGUUCAAGAGUGCGGCUACAGGUUCAAGAGUGCCGCUACAGGUUCAAGAGUGCGGCUACAGGCUCAAGAGUGCGAUUACAGGUUCAAGAGUGCAGCUACAGGCUCAAGGGGGCCGCUACAGGCUCAAGAGUGCGGUUACAGGAUCAGGAGUGCGGCUACAGGUUCAAGAGUGCGGCUAGGGGGUUCAAGAGUGCGGCUACAGGUUCAAGAAUGCGGCUACAGGUUCAAGAGUGCGACUACAGUUUCAAGAGUGCGGCUACAGGUUCAAGAGCGCGGCAACCGAUUCAAGAGUGCGGUUACAGGCUCAAGAGUGCAGCUACAGGUUCAAGAGUGCGGCUACAGGUUCAAGAGUGUAGCUACAGAUUCAAGAGUGCCGCUACAGGUUCAAGAGUGCGGCUACAGGUUCAAGAGUGCGGCUACAGGUUCAAGAGUGCGGCUAUAGGUUCAAGAGUGCAGCUACAGGUUCAAGAGUGCGGCUACAGGUUCAAGAGUGCGGCUACAGAUUCAAGAGUGCGGCUACAGGUUCAAGAGUGCGGCUACAAAUUCAAGAGUGCGGCUACAGGUUCAAGAGUGCGGCUACAGAUUCAAGAAGGCGGCUACAGGUUCAAGAGUGCGGCUACAGAUUCAAGGGUGCGGCUACAGAUUCAAGAGUGCGGCUACAGGUUCAAGAGUGCAGCUACAGGUUCAAGAGUGCGGCAACAGAUUCAAGAGUGCAGCUACAAGUUCAAGAGUGCGGCUACAGGUUCAAGAGUGCGGCUACAGGUUCAAGAGUGCGGCAACAGAUUUAAGAGUGCAGCUACACGUUCAAGAGUGCUGCUACAGGUUGAAGAGUGUGGCUACAGGUUCAAGAGAGCUACUAAGGGUUCAAGAGUGCAGCUAAAGGUUCAAGAGUGCAGCUACAGGUUCAAGAGAGCUGCUAAAGGUUCAAGAGUGCAGCUACAGGUUCAAGAGUGCGGCUACAGAUUCAAGAGUGCAGCUACAGGAGAGCGCAGCUUCAGGUUCAAGAGCGCGGGUACAGGUACAAUUUACUCCACCAAUCACGUUUGA